AUGGCCAGCAUUGCUCAGUCAGAAAAAUCUGAGCUACAUAAACCGCAAAGGAUUCAUACACCCCAAUGGGUCUCCCUAGUGUCUGGAGGAAUUGCAGGCGGAGUGGAAGCAGCAAUAACAUAUCCAUUCGAGUACUCAAAAACUCGCGUUCAGUUGUUAGACACCGGCGCUGUUAAGACGUCAAAUCCUUUACGUCUCAUUCUUCAAGUUGCCAAGCAGGAAGGUGUUGGUGCACUUUACACGGGAUGCUCGACUCUUGUUAUUGGAACCACAGCGAAAGCUGCUGUGAGAUUUGUAUCGUACGAUACUAUCCGCAAUUCUCUUGCCGAUGACCGUGGCGUUCUGUCACCUGGUAGAGGAAUGCUGGCUGGCAUGGUUGCAGGUGCCGUAGAAAGUGUCCUCGCAGUGACACCAACAGAGAGAAUAAAGACCGCAUUAAUCGAUGAUGCAAAAGGGGCUCGUCAAUUCAAGUCCAGCCUCCACGCGACUAAGGUGUUGGUCCAACAACAUGGUAUCACCGAGCUGUACCGAGGUCUAGUGUCCACCGCAAUGAAACAAUCAGCCACAUCAGCAGUCCGUAUGGGGACAUACAAUAUGCUCAAGGAGGCCACCAAAGCCAAGGGCAUUAAGACAAAUGUGUUCACGACAUUUGGAAUUGGUGCUGUAGCUGGCGUGGUUACUGUCUACGCUACACAGCCUUUUGAUACAAUCAAGACGCGGGCACAAGGUGUUCAAGGUGCUAGUAUUUCCGAGGCCUCGCGGAGUGUGAUUCGGGAUUAUGGCAUUCGCGGAUUCUGGAAAGGCAGUACGAUGCGACUGGGCCGUCUGCUUUUGAGUGGUGGUAUUGUAUUCUCGGUCUAUGAAGAAGUGUCGGCCAUCCUGUCAGGGACCCAUAAAUAA